AGUUCCUAUGCGGAACCAAUGCAUAGCAACAAGUUUUCUCCGGAAUCAUUUCCCAUCUGCACUAUCGUUAAACCUAGCCACAGCUACCCUCGGCUGUUGUGUGGUGGUAAGGCGAAAUGUGGUCCUUUUUCGCCAGGGAUCCAGUCAAAGACUUCGGAUAUGAAAUUCUCCCAGACAGCCCAGAAAGGUCCGGGAUUUGGAAUCUACAUCGAGGGAAACGGAAGACCUCCGGAGAGCCCGUGUCCGUGUUCGUGUACGAGGUGUCCCAAGGAACCGAGCAGCAGACCCAGCUCGCCAAGGCGGCCUUCAAAAGAAUGAAGACCCUGCGGCAUCCCAACAUUCUGGCCUAUGUGGACGGCCUGGAGACGGAUAAGAGCCUGUACCUGGUAACUGAGCAGGUGACGCCUCUAGCCGUCCACCUGAAGGCGCAGACAGAAAAAGGUGGUGUGGGGGAGCUGGAAGUGUCCUGGGGUCUGCACCAGAUAGUGAAAGCACUGAGUUUUUUGGUGAAUGACUGCCACCUGCUCCAUAAUAACAUGGGCAUAUGGGCCAUUUUUGUGGACCGGGCUGGGGAGUGGAAGCUUGGCGCUCUUGAUCAUGUGGCCCCUGAGCAGGGUGACCCCAGCGGGGUCUCUCUACCUGAACCAAAAUCUGUUUAUCCAGACAUGGAGAAGUAUGACCCGCCAGAGAUGUCCAACAACAGCAGAGAGAAGUGGGCAGGGGAGGUGUGGCGACUUGGUUGUCUGAUUUGGGAAGUGUUUAACGGGCCUCUACCUCGCACUUCCUCCCUACGUUCACUGGGAAAGAUUCCUAAGUCACUGGUUCCUCACUACUGUGAGUUGGUUGGAGCCAAUCCCCGCGCCCGGCCAAAUCCAGCCCGCUUUCUUCAGAACUGUAGGGCGCCCGGUGGGUUUCUGAGUAACAGCUUUGUGGAGAGCAACCUUUUUCUGGAAGAGAUCCAGAUCAAAGAGCCAUCCGAGAAGCAGCAGUUCUUCCAGGAUCUGAGUGACAAUCUGGACUCCUUCCCUGAAGAUUUCUGCAAACACAAAGUUCUUCCUCAGCUGCUCACCGCCUUUGAGUUUGGCAACGCAGGCGCAGUCAUUCUCACGCCGCUCUUCAAGGUGGGGAAGUUCCUGUCAGCAGACGAGUAUCAGCAGAAGAUCAUUCCUGUCAUCGUGAAAAUGUUUUCCUCCACCGACCGAGCCAUGAGGAUACGACUUCUGCAGCAGAUGGAGCAGUUCAUUCAGUAUCUCAACGAGGCUGCAGUUAACUCCCAGAUAUUCCCUCACGUUGUUCACGGCUUCACAGACACCAAUCCUGCCAUCAGGGAGCAGACUGUAAAGUCCAUGCUGCUGUUGGCUCCCAAACUCAACGAGACAAACCUAAACCAAGAGCUGAUGCGUCACUUUGCGCGGCUGCAGGCCAGAGACGAGCAAGGCCCCAUACGCUGCAACACAACUGUCUGUCUGGGGAAAAUCGCCUCCUACCUCAACGCCGGGACUCGACAGCGAAUUCUGAUUUCUGCCUUUUCUCGAGCGACUAAAGACCCGUUUCCUGCUUCCCGUGCUGCUGGCGUCCUGGGCUUUGCUGCUACGCACAACUACUACAGCAUAACGGAGAUCGCUGGGCGAAUCCUGCCCACCCUCUGCACCGUCACUGUUGACCCUGACAAGAACGUCAGAGAUCAGACAUUUAAAGCCAUCAAGAGUUUUCUUUCCAAACUAGAGAUGGUGUCAGAAGAUCCCACCAAACUGUCUGAAAUUGAGAAGGACGUCGAGUCCAGCGCUCAGCCUGCGGGGGCGUCCUCUAGCUGGGCUGGCUGGGCAGUGACCGGGGUGUCGUCGCUGACUUCCAAGUUGAUUCGAAAUACCCCGGUGACGGAAGGGGGUGCCACACCUGAGGGCAGCGAGCCGGCUAACAACACCGCUUCGUUGAGCGGCGCCAUCGGAGCCUCAGCAGCCGGCUCAGAAGAUAAAAGUCCAGGAGCCUCUGUGGCUCCUCCAGCUGCCUCCACUCACACCAGACGCACCGUUGAGGUCACUGACGAUAACAAUGAGCCAGUUGGAGACCGAUGGGAAGAUGAAGAGGACUGGGGAAGUUUGGAGGAGCCGGGGAAAACCCCCACGGAUGACUGGAACACCGACUGGUCGGGAAUGUCAUCAUCCAAAAAGAAGGCCAGUGACAGAGGAGUGGGUCAUUCAUCCACCUCCAUGGCCGUGAAGAAGCAGAGCUCUGAUUGGAGCAGCUCCGGUUGGGAUGCAGACGACAGCUGGUCCAAUGAGAAAGAAGGCCAGGGACAGAGCUCUGCAGGCGAGGAAGGCUGGGGCAACGACUGGGGGGAGGAGGAGGCGGACACCACUAAAAAACCUUCGCCUCUGCCUGAGGGAGUGCGGUUAGCCAGCGAGUACAACUGGGACACAAGCAGCACGGUGAAAGGCUCCUCCCAGAAUGAUUUGUUUGCAAGCGUGUCCCAGAGAAACAACGCUGUCGGCACGGGUGGAGAUGGUUGGACUGCAGAAACAGCUGGAGACUGGGGAGCCGAUGAGAGCUGGGAGUCGGUGGAAGGGAGUCAGAGUCUUAGUAAAGCAGAGUUGUCCAAAAAGAAACGUGAGGAGAGGAGAAAAGAACUGGAGGCCAAGCGAGCGGAGCGGAAAGCGGCUAAAGGUCCUCUGAAGCUGGGAGCACGCAAGCUGGACUGAUGUUGGCGGAAGAAAGGAACACGGACAGCAGGGACUGCAGCAAUCCUACAAACUGAAUGUCCACAUUCCACAAGCUGAGGGACAGAGCAAACCCGUGAAUGUCCUCCUUCAGUAAGGAUGUGGGGUUUCUGUCUUGACGGAUGAACUUGAAGGCAUAAACAGAAAAUCCUGCAGUUGAAGCAGAGCAGAGCGGUUAUUUAACCUUUUUUUUGUUAUCAACUAAACUGGUUGUUGUACAGUAACUGUAUAUACACAUUUCCUCCUGUCUUAAAAGAUCACACUUUUUUUUUAAAGAUGAAUAUAUAUAAAAGAAUAUGACAUUCUGAUCAUUUUCCGUAGACUCUGUUUGCACACACUGUUGGAUGUAACAAAUCCAGAUCAGCUGUUAUGAAAUGAGUUCAUGCAUGCCCUGCAAAAGACAAACUGUAACUUUUGCUUUCCACAAAUAACACUGUUUACUGAACUGACCCAACACUGCACAUGGAGCCAGCUGGCUCACAGAAUCAUUUCUAAAAGUUCCUUCUAGAUUUGCUUUGUAGCUCCUGUGAGGUGCAUGUUUGUGGUUCUAUGGGGAAACUGGGUUCAUGUCUUGUUGCAGGUGUGUGUUUGUUGAUCUGUCUCAUCCAGCAGAGGUCAGUCAGACCUCACUGAAAAAUAUCCUCUCUACAAGAAAUCCUUUUAACUGUUUUCUUUGUGCCUUUUAUUCUUCCACACAUCGGCUGUGACGGGUGAAAGGACGCCAAAAGCUUCCUGGUGGAGCUGCAGACUUUUUAUCAGAACUUUCAAUGUGACUUUGGGAUGUUUGCAAUCGGGUGUUGCGGAGAUGUGUGCUGUUGCUCAUACAAAACACGUGUGGGGGGAGCAGCUGAACCAGUCGCCAGCCGUCCCUGCUGGAGAUGCUCGUGGACGCUCUCAGGUCAGGACUUCCGAGGAGCUGCUGUUUCAGUCACAAGAGCAGGUGCAAUGUUUCAGAGGAUCUUGUAGCAUGUGAGCUAUUUUGAAAUAAAGCUAAUAUAACUACA